AUGAUCAAAGAAGGCGGUUACUAUAAAGUGUCAGGAUCUGCCCUCCUACAACAGAAAGACUUACGCAAGAGAGGUUAUUACGUGAUGUCUACACAGGAUGAUGAUCGUGGGAGUUGGGGAGAUGGCCGAGGACGAGGACGAGGACGAGGAUGGGGAUGGGGACGGGGACGGGGACGGGGACGGGGACGGGGAUUCGCAUCACGGAAUUCAACCUUCAAUCAGCCUCACCCUCACCCUCCAACACAACAAACACAGCAUGAACCACCCCCACAGCCAUUGGGCCAAGCGAUCGAUACAAUCAAUGCACAAACAAUUCUUGUAGAGCUCAACAAUCCAACCAUCCAGGAUGUCAGCUACGUUGCUUCCUACAACUGGCUGAACACCGAGUCUCCGAGCAUUCUAGUUCCAGGCUCUCCUCCAGUGUGGUCACCACCUGUAGAAGACGUGAAACUGGAGCGCGAUAGCCAGGAUGUAUUUCGAGAUGUCAACGCCGCCCGGUACCCCUCGUACCCGAUGGAGCCUGCUGCAAGGGCAUUGCUUGCCAUGAAGCCCGAAUUCAAGUUGCACUCUUUGGACGUGGUUGGGUGCGGCAGCACACUAGGAAAUCUCUUGCGGUGUGCCAUGGCCGAAGACAAGCCUUUUCGCUUCGAUGCGAUGCUGGUGGGAGAAACAGCUUUCUUCGUCCGGCGAGAGAGCUCUCCGACGCUGCUCAUACCAGACCUCAACGGGUUUGGACAAACAUUUCCGGAGAUAUACACAGCCUGGGAUUCUGACGUUCGCAACUCCUGCUCUCACCAGCGAAUCAUCCAGUAUGACUUGGGUGGCUUGCAAAUCUUGAUUCGCACUGAAACCGAUGCAUACGUCAAAAAAUCUACCAAGAAAGCAGUAUCCAGUCCCGCACAUCCUGUUAGAAGUCCUUCUCUUGAUUCCACUCUCGCUGGCAUAGCUGUUGAUAGACCAGACCCAUCUCCCACCCAGGAAUUGGAAAUCAAGAUGCAGGGAACGGUGGUGCCACAGGAGCAGAUCUUCGACAUCAAGACCCGAAAUAAAAGGAGAGAAUACAACAUGGAUGAAAUACUUCCUCGUCUGUGGAUGAACCAGACUUCAAAGUUUCUCAUUGCAUACCACGAGUUUGGACUCUUCGAUAAGCCAGAGGUUGUCUCAGUCAAGGAAGACGUCCUGAAGUGGGAGAAAGCCAAUUCAUCUCUCUUGGCUCGCUUCCACGCGCUGGUCAAGCGUAUAAUUGAUGCUGUCAGAGAUUCUGAUCACCGCCACUUCGAAGUCAGCUGGGAUGGCAAGGGUCCGCUGCUUGUCACGAAGCAGAUUGGCGAAGAGAGAGAUGCUCUUCCUCCCGAUCUAGUGAGUCUUUGGGAGAACUUAAAUUAA